GGUAGCGGGACCACAUUUGCCUACUGGGCAAUUUUCAUUUCGACAUUAUUAUUGUCAAAGUUUAAUUAAAUUUAAUAGAAAAAAUGAACUUUCUUGCCCCCAUCGCUUACGCACCACACCCACUCUCGCUGGAAGAGAUAUCCGCCACCCAGAUCAAGAUCCCGUGUCGAACCAUGGUGGAGCUAAAGGGAUUUGGAUAUUUAGACCCAUCCUUGGGAGUAACGGACUUACCAGCCCAGACCGAGUUGGAGUUGCCACUUUGGACCGUGAGGGCGUUGGUGAAAAAGGGUUAUGCGACAGUUCGAGUUCCCCAUAAAUACGGGGGAAGAUAUCGGGACAUUCUAAAAGCAGAUCCUACUGUCGUCGACCUGAACAGAAUUUCGCCACAUUUCUACCAAACUGGUCUCCACUUGGCUUGGUUACCGACGAAGGACUCGGAAGAGAUUGCAGAAAUUCUUCCAGAGGUUUUUAAGGAGAGACUGUUGAAAUUGUCAGAUUCGUACGGUUACGUGCAGGGACUACGAAGUGCAGAUGAGGGCGGUAACGAUUCCGGAACUGUGAUUAAGGACAGUCACUUGGACACUUUGGAAAAGUCGUUAUUAGAAAGUUCAAAGAAAGGUGCUCAAGCUAUGGCCAUGUAUUUUAUGCGACGAUGAAACUGAUUAUCAUAAAUAUAAAUAAGCUUUUGAAAUUAUGUUCCGAUUUCCUUCUUCCAAGUUUUCAUGAAAUAAUUUGUUACUCGUAGUCUUUUCUGGGACAAAAAUCGAGGACAUUUUAUUAAUAAAAACACAUCCGGAAUGGAUUUUUCUAUAAAACAAA